AUGGCGAUGAUAGGCUUACUUGAAGUCUUCAUAGCAUUUCUUUUUUUCCUUGUAUUCCAAUGUUACUUGCUCCACAAGAAAUCUCUCGGUCAACCUAUUCUCAAGAACUGGCCUUUCCUCGGAAUGCUUCCAGGAAUGCUGCCUCAAAUUCCUCGUAUCUACGACUGGACCGUGGAGGUGCUUGAGGCCACCAAUCUAACUUUUUAUUUCAAAGGGCCAUGGCUUAGUGGAACGCACAUGUUGUUCACCGCCGAUCCGAAGAACAUCCAUCACAUACUAAGCUCAAACUUUGGGAACUACCCUAAAGGACCUGAGUUCAAGAAGAUCUUUGAUGUUUUGGGAGAAGGGAUCUUAACCGUUGAUCACGAGAUGUGGGAGGAGCUGAGGAAGUCAAAUCACACCAUCUUUCACAAUCAAGAUUUCGAGAAGCUCUCACUAAGUAGCAACACAAGCAAGUUAAAGGAAGGUCUUGUUCCUUUUCUUGAUAAUGCUGCUCAUGAAAACAUUACCAUAGACUUACAAGAUGUGUUCCAGAGGUUCAUGUUUGAUACUUCUUCCAUCUUGAUGACUGGUUUUGAUCCAAUGUCACUAUCCAUCGACUUGCCGGAAGUUGAGUUCGGUGAAGCUGCGGACACCGGUGAAGAAGCCAUCUAUUAUAGACAUUUCAAACCGGUGACGUUGUGGAGGCUUCAAAACCGGAUGGGUAUCGGACUUGAGAGGAAGAUGAGAACUUCUCUGGAGACUGUCAAUCGUAUGUUUGCGAAGAUCAUAUCUUCAAAACGUAAAGAAGAGUUAAGCCGCGGGGAAAAAGAGCCAUCAACGGACGCGUUAACGUAUUAUAUGAAUGUGGACACGACCAAAUACAAGCUCUUGAAACCUAAUAACGAUACGUUUAUAAGAGAUGUUACUUUUAGUCUAUUGUUAGCAGGAAGAGACACCACAAGCUCAGCUCUCACUUGGUUCUUCUGGCUUCUCUCUAAGCAUCCUCAAGUAAUGGCCAAGAUCCGACAUGAGAUCAAGACAAAGUUUGAUCCUACAGAUCUAGAGAAGCUCGUGUAUCUGCAUGCUGCCUUGAACGAAUCAAUGAGACUCUAUCCACCACUUCCCUUCAACCACAAGUCUCCAGCCAAGCAAGAUGAGCUUCCAAGCGGGCACAGAGUCGAACCAGAUUCAAAGAUCGUGAUAUGUAUUUACGCAUUGGGGAGGAUGAAAUCUGUAUGGGGAGAAGACGCAUUGGAUUUCAAGCCAGAGAGAUGGAUUGCAGAGAAUGGAGGGUUUAGAAGUGAGCCUUCAUACAAGUUCAUGGCUUUUAAUGCUGGCCCAAGAACUUGCUUAGGUAAACAUUUGGCUUUCUUGCAGAUGAAGAUAGUAGCUGUUGAGAUCAUACGAAACUAUGACUUUAAGGUCAUUGAAGGUCUCAAGAUCGAAGCAAUCCCUUCUAUCGUUCUACGUAUGAAGAAUGGUCUUAAAGUGAAAGUCACUAAGAAGAUAUGA